GCAUGCGUCGACCUAAUUAACACUAAUUAAUACAAGUCACGUGACGCCUGCGGGUGCGUCAGAAAACGUUGGAAGUAAGAUUUGAGUGUUUCUCGUACCAAGACCCUAUCAGUGAAAUCAUCCGAACUACAAGGAAAUGAGUUAUCAUUCCGCAAAGCUCUGUUUGUUUUGUUUAAUUGUUAUGGUCAUGUCCCGGUGCUGUCUGUGCUCCUCGUCUAUCCGGAGGGGGCGAACACCUGAGCAGAGGGCACAGCACGCCCUGCCGAGGGUCACCUGCUCUACCCGGCGCAUACGGGCUGUUUUUGGGCCACUGGUGCAAAGUGACUUCCAUGUGAACGAUGAGUCGGGGGCCAAGAUCCCCGUGCCUCAGACGGAGGGCCCCUGCGGAGUGAGGAAGAGCACAGGCAACAACAGCGUCUCAUUCUUCAGUAGAUAUGACAGCUGCUAUGCCCGGGUUGAGGGCAGCAUCGUGGUCGUGCCACUGAUGGUCCAGCUGGCCGGAGAGGAUCGGUGGUUCAGGGUGAACAUCAGCUGUCCUGUGAUAAAGAGACACAGCGAGAGGACCCACCUCAUCCCCACAUCAGUACCUGGAAGAUGUGACACCCCAAGAGCUCUGCGAGUGCAUUGUGGCCCCCACAGCAUUUCUCGUGAUGCCUGCUACAAACUGAGAUGCUGCUAUGACACUCAGGAUUUAACCUGCUACUACAGACUCAAUGCCUGCUCCUUGGACGGGCACUUUGUGUUUUCUGUCAAGACAACAGACGCAGAGCCGCCUCUCAAUCCCAGAAGCCUCAUAGUCAAGGAUCAGCCACACUGUUCCCCUGUGAUCACCACUGCAGACGUCGCUGUCUUCAAGAUUGGUGUUACGGACUGUGGUGCGAAGAUGAAGGUAGACGGUGAUCUGAUGAGCUAUGUGGUGGAAGUGGAAGAGAUGCAGCCUAAGACUGUGACCAAACGUUCUCCGUUCAGUCUCCAGGUCCAGUGUGAGUAUGAGGCCGCAGAUGUAAAGCGUGCAGCAGACCUGCGGUCCUUACAUGGAGCCACCAACCCACCACCUGUGACUGCACUGGGUACUAUCAGAGUGCAGAUGAGAAUAGCCACAGAUUCAUCCUUCACUUCCUUCUUUCCUGAGAACCGGCUUCCGCUGACAUUCCCUUUGCGUAAAGCUAUAUAUGUGGAGGUUGCCAUUGCACAGCCCUCCCCUGACCCCACCCUUUCCCUGCGUGUGCAGGACUGCUUUGCUUACCCUGUGUCCAGACACUCUGUGUGGACACUCAUGUUUGCUGGAUGUCCCAACCCUCUGGAUAUAAUGAGAAGUUCCGUCCCUGUGGACAGGCAGGGGAAGACCACUGCCCACUCCCAGGUCAGGAGGUUUGAUGUCAAGACAUUCGCCUUCUUGCACCCCAAUACUGGCCUCCCCAGCGUGGAGGAGAUGUACUUCUACUGUUGGGUGGAAAUCUGCACGGCGGAUGUUGAGUGUGCACAGCAUUGCUCCCUUUACUCACCCGAGGGUGAGAGGGAGAGGAGAGAGGCCUUGUCUGGGUCCAGCCAGAUCCAGCUGGUCUCCUUAGGACCUCUGCUGCUGGGACAGAGCAGCACCGAACUGGAGGAGAAUCCAUGUGUCAAACAGAAUACAAUGUUUCAAGCGACGCUCUACUCUCUCUCGGUUGUUGGAGCCGCCUUGUUGGUGAUCUUGCUGUUCAUAGUUGGCUCAAACAUCAGACGGCGUCAGACAGCGGCAGAGCAUGCUUGUAACACACCACCUGAACCACCACAAUAAAGUCUUUCACCUACAGUAAUUUGUACUCAAAUUUCUUACCAUGCUGUAUCAUUUCAGGACUGAGCUGUGACUUUGUAAUGCCAUGUCAUGUAACUUA